CGACAGACGCAAUAAUGGCGAGCGGCAAGAAAAGCACUCUUCUGUCUUCGCUAGCGGCGUAUGGAGACGACUCGGAGCAAGAGUCCGACCCUGAGAACGACGAACAGGAGGCUCAUGGUGGACUGGUGUCUGCUGGGUAUGGAGACGACGACAUCGCGCGCACGGAGGAGCGUGAAGAGAGGUGCUCUGGGAACGAGGACAGCGAUGGAAAUGACAGGAAUUCAGAAGUUGGCGAUUCUGACUCAGGAGGAACCCAAGAUGAUUUGAAGGACAUCAUAACAGGGGAGAGAAAGGACCCUAAUGAGUUGGUCGCACAGUUCUCAGAGAAGGUGAGGAAUAUGUCUCCUGAAGAGAUUCGGAUUCCUCCGGAACCUCCUGGGCGCUGUUCCAGCCACCUACAGGAGAAGAUCUACAAACUGUACGAGCGGAAACUUCACGGAGACUUCGACACAAACAGCCAUAUACAGAAAAAGAAAGAGUUUCGCAAUCCAAGUAUUUAUGAGAAACUUAUCCAGUUCUGUGGAAUCGAUGAGCUUGGUACUAACUACCCAAAAGACAUGUUUGACCCCCAUGGUUGGUCUGAGGACUCGUAUUAUGAAGCAUUAGCCAAAGCUCAAAAAGUGGAGAUGGAGAAACUAGAAAAGGCCAAAAGAGAGAGAACCAAGAUUGAGUUUGUGACUGGAACCAAGAAGGGCACCACGACCAACACAGCAGCUGCUCCCACCACCUCAAUGUCAACAGCAGAGGCCCAGAAGAGGAAGAGUAAAUGGGACUCUGCGGUGCCCGUCACCCUGGCACAGCCCGUGCUGCUGACCACCUCCGCCACUCUCCCCGCGGUCGUAUCCGUCACCACCACGGCCAGCGGCACCAAGACCACCGUCAUCUCCGCGGUGGGCACCAUUCUCAAAAAAGCCAAGCAGUGAGGGGCCGUGCCGCUGGCCCGCUGGCCCGGGCGGGUUCGGCUCUUCAACAGCCGCCGUUGACGCUGCCGGGAAAACGGACCAAGCUGUUGCGGGACUGGGCGGACUCCGGCCGUUUCGGCCCCGCGGCAGAUGUGCUGGCCUAAUUUGACCUGUUCCGGCUCAACGCUUUCCUCUCUCUUUUUUUAAAUUUUUUAAUUUUUUUUUUGCAUUUCUCUUUUCAUUUGAGUUGCGUCGCUGGUUGUCGUUCUGUGGUGUGAUUCGUUUGUAGGUGCCUGCACUGUGCAGACGUUUGAGCCCGUUUUGUGUGUUUGUGUUUGUUGCCUGACUAAUGUUUUCGGAGUGGGUGAGGAAACCAAAUAAAUGCAUUUUAAGAAUCCCA